AUGGCUCGGACCACACAGAACGCAUCCAAGAGUGUAGGGUUGUCUGAUUAUCGACAACGUAGCAACCUGUCAAGAGAGCAGAUCCUGGCGCUGAUCAAUGGUGUUACGGACGAUGAAGACAUGGAGCUGGAUGAGCAGGAGGACAAGCCUGAGUCUGAGCAAGAGAGCAAUGUUACAGACCAUGACCAGUCAAGCAUUUACUGUUACCGGUGCCAUAACGGUGGCAGCCUUGUCACCUGUUGCCGCUGCACCCGGGAUGUCUGUGCGCAGUGUCUUGGGCGGUUGGACUUCUCUGCCAUACAGGAUGUGUGGAGCUUCAUAUGCCCCGUAUGCCAUGGGGAAGAUAAACAGUUGAAGGACGAGCCAUACUACGCAUUCUAUCUUGGCCGGUCCAUUCCGGCCGUGCAAGAGCCCUGCCCAGUUGUAGGCACAAACAUUGGCCCACGGAAAGCCUUCUGUUCCACUGCACCCGUUGUCAUCUUAUCCUUCCGGCUCAAGUCACUUGGCAACCGUGGCAGUGUCCCGUUGAUGUUGCGCACCCAUCUUGAAAGUUAUUUUUGGUGUACCGACAACCUCCACUACCACGAUAUCGUCUUUGAUUUCCAUACUGUGAAGGAUGCCGCAAUUCAUGCCAGGCGUAUGAAGAGUCUCGUCCCAAAUGUCCGCCUUGUCACCUUCAUCUACACGCACAGCAACGUGCACACAGGCGACCUAUACCAUGCUCAUGAUGCAACCUCGCCUAUAGACGAGUGGUUCAACAUUGUGCUCACCGAUGAGUUCAAAGUACUAUGCGACAAGGUCUCACAGCAUUGGAUGUUCAUCCUUGCCUGUGGUGCCAUUGUCAACAACAACACCGCACGCAUGCACCUCAAGCGUCAACUUCUCGAGUACAAGGUCCCCUUUGCGUUUGGCUUCUCAGCCGCAACGUUCAAUGCCCACCUCAGCUCCGACUUCAUCAUCCACUUUGCCACACGCGUCAUCAUCCAGCUUGCUGUCCCUCUUCGCCACACAAUGGCUCGUAUGCUUAACAUGUCCUUCAGCCUCCGUCUCCACAGUGGUGUCAUUGUCUUCCGCUACCACAACAGCAUGGAGAACACCCCAUCGAUCACUGUCGAGAACUAUGUGUGGCACCACCCAAACCUUGCACCUGGCGGGAUGCGCAUACCAUCCCAGUGCCCUGAUUGCAUGCGGCUUGGUACCCUGAAGCCCAUCAAAAGUGUCGAGCGCGAUACCAUGCAGUACUUUGCUGGCUUCAAGUGCAAGCGCUGCAAGUGGAUGAAAAGAAAGUGGGUGAGCUAUGACCCAAGGGAUGGAAACUUGGUGGACAAGGUGAACGGUAAAUGGUUCCUGGAUAUCAUAGAUCCUGACGAUGGGGAGGUGGCCUCAUCCAUUGAUGCUGAUGCUCCUGAGGAUGAUGGGAUUAAGGCGGAAGAGUUGUACUACGCAAGGGCUUGA